AUGGUGAUGUCUUUCUCCAGAGAUAACUUGGAGCACCCAGCUUACAAUCAAACCCUCAGAAAGAAUUUUCCCGUGUCUGAAAACGCACCCAACUUUAUCAAAUACAGGUUGUCUUAUCGUAGGAUGGUUGGGAUACGGGAUCAUUCUAAGUACUGGCGAUAUUCAUGUAUGUACGAUGAACUUGCCUUGAAAACUACCAUUAGAUUCAAAGCACCGUUUGUUUCUCUUAACCCGCUUGUUUUUGAUUCUGGUAAAAGCAAAGGUAAUUGCUCAGAAAACAUUUCUAUCAAAAUCAAGGAUGGAAAGAAAUGUAGUCAUUGCAACGUUCCUGUCGUCCAGCGAGAUGGUCUGUUGCAUGUGACUGCAGAGAAAAUGCUUCUUUGUGACAAUGACUGGACGAAGGUGCCAAGACUAUUGGGCUGUUUAAUCUAUUGGACAUUACGGAUUGCCCGACUGCGCGUCAAAAUCGGGAUGGAUUCGGAUCGGUUUCGUGAGGACACGCUUAAAAGGUUGGAACGACUUGAACAUAUCUUGGAAGAAAUAAAAGACAACACGAAAGCGACUCCAAAUGAAAUUUGGCACGUCCCAAGAGAGGACAAGGUGAUUAUUUCAGUGCGGGCGAAGUUUCAAACAGUUGGUGACAUCGAUAAUGUGAAUCAACAGUUUUAUGCGUAUUUUGUCUUGACUUUAACUUGGAAGGAACCUCGUUUAAAAGGAAUGAAAAGAGAGGAUGUCGUAUGGAGUGAGCAGUGGGAUCCAAGGAUUAACUUUAAGAAUCAACUGACCGUAGACAGAUUGGAGAAGCAUCAUGAGUUACGCUACGAACCCGGAGAUGACAUCCCGACUGUCUAUAUGUAUGUUUAUGCCGCUGGUAUAUUCAAGGAAAUCUUAGAGUUGAGUGAUUUUCCAUUUGAUUACCAGAGUUUAUCCGUUCAAAUUGAAUCAGACUGGCCUGACAACAUUAUGUCGUUUGAGAAAAACAAUGAAAUAAAAGACAGUGUCAUACUACAAACAUUUGCAGGCUGUCACGAGUGGUCGCUUUGUCCUCAUGUUGUGGCUGGUAGAGUCGACCCAAAGAAAAACAAUUCUGGCUCACACAGGACUUAUCCAAAUUAUGAGAUCACGUGCCAUGUCAAAAGAAAACCAAACUUCUAUAUGUGGAAUGUUGCUCUCAUUAUGGGUCUCAUUAUGUCGUUGACGUUUUGCUCGUUUUCUGUUGACGUCGAUUCGCCAGAAGACCGACUCAGUGUAACUCUGACUUUGCUCCUAACAUCUGUCGCCUUCAAGUUUGUGGUUUCCCAGAGUCUUCCCAACGUCAGCUAUUUGACCUGCUUGGAUCAGUAUGUGAUCAGCUGCAUGAUCAUCCAGUGUAUCAUAGCAGUGCUUAAUGCGAUUGGCGGGAAAAUACCUGAGGAAAAUCAAGAGUUGUUUGAUAAUGCCUCGGUGUGUGUUCUUGGAGGAAGUGUGGUUAUCUUACAUUUUAUUUUUGGAAUUAUCUUUUCCAUAAAGGUUGCAAAAAGAAAUACGUUUUUGAGUAAAAUAACCAAAGAAUAUGAUAGAUUAGCCGCGGAAUAUAAUGAAAGAUGGAAUCAGAAAAAGAAACAUUUAAAAUCGCAAGAACAACAGGAUGAGGGAAACAAGACCCCAAGAAGUAAGAAGAGAGAGAAAAAUAAAAGACAAGUUGAGGAUAUAAACAUGGCGCUUGAACGCGGGCAAACCAAAUAGAUCACUGUUAACAGGUCAACUCAUAACUGCUUAAUACAUUCUCAUUAAUAAAAUCUGAAAUGCAACAAAGCAUUUGUAUCGAGAAAUACACACAUCAGUAU